AGCCUCCUGCUGUCCACCUCAUUCCCCAUCCGUCCCCGUGGGAAGCGGGGCAAAGCGACGUACGCUACCCUUUGCGUGCGCGUAGCAUUUAACCAAGCAACUCCCAAUCCCCACUCCUCCCCCACCAUUUCUUCCCUCUCGCCUUCCCCUCCGCCGGCAAUCCCACGUCCAAUCAGCCGCCGCUCCAGCCUUCCAUCCAUCCAUCCCGUAGCUGCUCUCUAUUACGCCAGCGAUCGAGAGACCAAGAGGAGCAGGAGCGAUGGCGAGGAGCUCGUUCAAGCUGGAGCACCCCUUCGAAAGGAGGCAAGCUGAGGCUAACCGCAUCAGGGAGAAGUACCCCGAUAGAAUUCCUGUCAUUGUUGAGAAGGCCGAGAGGAGUGACAUCCCAGACAUCGACAAGAAAAAGUACCUUGUCCCCGCCGACCUCACAGUGGGACAGUUUGUGUACGUGGUGCGGAAGCGCAUCAAGCUCAGCGCCGAGAAGGCGAUCUUCAUCUUCGUGAAGAACACCCUCCCACCAACAGCUGCCCUGAUGUCUGCCAUCUACGAGGAGAACAAGGACGAGGACGGGUUCCUCUACAUGACCUACAGCGGCGAGAACACCUUUGGGCUGCUAUGAGUGGCGCCGCGCCGCCGUGGAUCGACGUCGGACAAUGCCCCUCCUCCUGUAAAUACUUAAAAAAAAAAUAGGCGUCUCAAGAAUCCGUGUACAUAAUAAUCUGGCAUGUCUUGCAUCAAAAGCAACUCGUUGCGUCCACUGUCUGUUGAAACUAUUGAAGCGUACUAAACAUUUAAGCAACUCGUUGCGUCCACUGUCAGCUCUGGGUUGCUUCAGAAGUUCUGUCACCUGCUGCGUCCUCCGUGAGCUUGUCGAUGUGGCAAAGUAACACAGGGUGCCUGUGGUCAUUCCACCCGUUUAGGUA